AUGCUGAAUGAAUAUAAACAUAGUUGUAGGUACUCUGGGCCCACCAGGGACAGGCGGACCCCCUGGAACCAGUGGACCCCCAGGAACCAGUGGACCUCCGGGAACUGGGGGUCCACCUGGUACUGCAGGCCCACCAGGGACAGGAGGACCUCCUGGCACAGGGGGCUCACAGGGAACAAGUGGUCCAGCGGGAACAGGUGGUCCUCCUGCAACCAGUGGUCCUCCUGGAACAGGUGGCCCUCCAGGUACAGGUGGCCCACCAGGAACCAUGGGACCGCCCGGAAGCAGUGGGCCACCGGGAACUGGACCAGUGGGCCACCAGGGACCAGUGGGCCACCAGGGACCAGCGGGCCACCAGGUUCAAAUGGACCUCCCGGAACUGAAGGUCCACCCGGGACAGGAGGUCCAUCAGGAUCGGGUGGUCCUCCAGGAACUGAAGGACCUCCUGGCACAGGAGGUCCCCCUGGCACGCAAGGACCACCAGGAACGGGAGGACCUCCAGGGCCAACAGGACCACCUGGGUCAGGGGGUCCUCCAGGUACAUCAGGACCUGUUGGCCGUGAUGGCCCCCCAGGCACUGGUGGUCCUGACGGUGAAGCAGGGCCAACAGGAACUGGUGGGCCACCCGGACUGAAGGGUGUUACUGGAACUAUUGGACCACAGGGAACUGGAGGUCCACCUGGAACCCGCGGGCCUGAUGGAACAGGUGGUCCUCCCGGGAGAAGUGGUCUUCCAGGAACUGGUGGACCACAAGGCACCAGUGGACCACCAGGAACAGUUGGUCCCCAAGGAGCAGCAGGACCUCCAGGGACAAGAGGACCCCCAGGACUAAGUGGACCUAUAGGGAUGGUUGGUCCUGCUGGAACAGCUGGUCCACCAGGGUUAAUAGGGCCUCCUGGACCAACCGGGACAGGAGGACCACCUGGCACAGCCGGACCAAAAGGGCUUCCGGGAAACCAAGGGCCACCAGGUGACUCAGUGCAAGGCAUGAAGGGGAUGAAGGGCAUGGCAGGGGAUCCAGGUCAGCAAGGACUUCCAGGGUCUGUUGGACAUCCGGGAGAGAAGGGAAUGCAGGGAGCCAAAGGCCUUCCGUUCGUUGGAAUGAAAGGAGAAAAGGGAAUGUCUGACAGAUUUUUCGUAGUAUUGCGUGGACGGACAUUUUCUCCAACUACAAGAUUCUUUACACGAACAGUACCCCCAACUACCAGAUUCUUUACACGAACAGUAUCUCCAACCACAGGACGGUUUGCACGAACAUUACCUCAAACUUCAACACGCUUUGAGAGUCUUACUACUCGCUUUGCCUCACAAGUUACGACCACUGGUCCAUUCCUUUUCCUAAAAGGUGACAAUCAGAAUGGUACCCCAAGACGUGACAACAGCAAAGAAGACUCCGAUAUUCUGCAACAACUGAAGAACGCUGUGGUACAUGAAAUUGUACUAGGAGUAAUCAUAGGAACGGUUUUCCUAGGGACCAUCUACCUCUAUGUAGCAUAUUUUAAGCAAGUGGCGUAUGAAAAACGUGAAAUUGAAAAAAUAAGAAGGAAAUUAGAUGUGAUGAAGCCUUAAGAGGGAACUUUCUUCAAAUGCUCAUAUUAAUCAUAUGUAUGUAGAACCUGGGGCGGAAAUUUUUAAAUGUUGGAAUAUUCAUUCUAUGAC